UCUAGUCUAAAUCUCUAAUAUUAGUCUAGUCUGACUAUGUCAGGUUUACAGAUCCUUGCAUUUCUCAGUGGUCUGGCUGGUCUCGGGGCUUCUUUUGCUGCCACUGUGUCAAAUGAAUGGCGGGCGACAAGCAGGGCGUCCUCGGUAAUCACGGCCACCUGGGUGCUGCAGGGGUUGUGGAACAACUGUGCUGGGAAUGCCAUUGGAGCUCUGCAUUGCCGGCCCCAUCACACCAUCCUCAAGCUGGAAGCAUGUUCCAGGAGAUCUUGGCCUUCAUUUUGACAACUUCAGGCUGGGUUCUGGUCUCUUCCACUUUACCCACGGACUAUUGGAAAGUAUCUUCGAUUGAUGGGACAGUAAUCACCACAGCCACCUUCUGGUCUAAUCUAUGGAAGACGUGUGUCACUGAUUCUACAGGAGUCUCCAACUGCAAGGACUUCCCUUCAAUGCUGGCCUUGGAUGGUUACAUCCAAGCUUGCAGAGGUCUCAUGAUUGCAGCAGUCUGCCUGGGAUUCUUUGGCUCGAUAUUUGCACUUGUCGGAAUGAAGUGUACAAAAAUAGGAGGAAGUGACCAGAAUAAGGCCAGGAUUGCAUGUUUGGCUGGUGUAAGUUUCAUCCUUAGUGGCCUUUGCUCACUGUCGGCAUGUUCCCUCUAUGCCCACCGUAUCACCUCAGAGUUCUUUGACCCAAUGUUUGUGGCACAAAAAUAUGAGCUGGGGGCUGCACUGUUCAUUGGCUGGGCAGGAUCUGUCCUCUGCAUUCUGGGAGGCUGCAUGUUCUGCUUCUCUAUUGCAGGCUCUUUCAGCAAAAGUCACAGUCAGAGAUCCUACAUUUACAAGGGGACUGUCUCUCAUGUGACUUCCUUUCCAAAGGGACAGGCACCAGGCUACACCAGACCUGCUCCUAAAUACAGCACCUCCUCCAGGAACCAGGCCUUUGACAAAAAUGAAUAUGUUUAAUCAGUUGUUGAUUUAUACAUGAUUUUGAUUUGUAUAAAUAAUUGUUUUUAUAAUACAGGUUUUUACUUUUUAUAUAAUAGGUAUAUGGAACUGUAAUUUGUUGGGCUUUCUUGUCAUCUACUCAUAAAGAUUUCAGUUUAUUGUCUUAAUAUCAUGCACUUAGAUUUAAGAGUAAGAUUUUGAUAGGUUUAUUUAUACCAGAUGCGCAUUCGAGUUUUCAGUUGUCACUCAAAAGGAAAGGCUUUUUUUCUAUUGCUUCUUUGUUGAAACAUUUUAUAUAUGAUGUUAAUAAUGGUUGUACAUUUGAUUUGAAAAAACUUUUGGUGUUAAAGAAUAGAUUUGCAAUCGCAAUAAAUGGACAGGAGAGGGCAGUAGUGUGUUUUUUUUUUUUUUCUACCUGUUCUGUUAGUGAGUGUGGGUGACUUUAAUUUAGCUUCAGUGUUUUACCUUUUAACAAAAUUUUCAGUACAAUAACAAUUCAUAAUUUCUCUGUAAUAUAAAUUGUAUUGUUAAAGGACUCAUACCACACUAUUUACUGAUGAUGCUGUUUCCUCAUCAAAACGUACCUG